AUGGCCUACUUCAUUCCCUCAUACUUCCAGAAACGCCUCCUCCGAUACGCUCUCACUCGCCUCGACUUUAUCGACUCCGAUGAACUCGAUCUCGACAAUCUCGGCCUGACUUGGGGUCAACGAACUGUGGUCGAGCUAAAGAACGUUGGAAUCAAAGUUGGAAGACUCAAGGACCUUUUACAACUACCCUCCACGUUUCAACUCAAUCAUGCCUCCAUCAAGUUGCUUCGCUUGACAUUACCUGCCGAUUUGCACAUCAGUGGUAUCGAGGUUGAGGUGGAUGGCGUAGAAGUUAUUGUGGCUAUUCGUAACGAUGAUGCAAAAGACACAGAUUCGAACGGCACCUCUGGUCCUAACAAGACCGACCGGGCAAAUCCGCCCCGGAUAGCCUCUUCCUCCAUCCAUGACCAUGUUGGUCGCAGCACACGUUCUCGCAAUGGACGAAAUCUCGAAUUCUCGCAGGUGGUACCGACGUCGGAGGAUUUGGCGGCCUCAUUCCUGGAGUCCGAGCCUCCUGGAGAAAGAGAUGAACUACAGGCUGCACUGGAGUCUCGUUCUCAAUAUAUGCAAGAAUCAGUCUCCUCCGCCCCAGCUGAUGACGUUGGCCUGGGAAUGCCAGGAGGUCUAUCCCUACCUUCCUUUGUUGCUAAUUUCUUCAAGGGUGUGGCCGACAGACUAUCAGUCAAAGUCAAGGACGUUAACGUCGUCUUGGAAAUGCUCUCUUCAGAAGAUGCGGUUGCGUCGUUGGAAAAGACAAAGUUCAUGCUGACGGUCGGAAGUGUGUCGGUGGAUGCUCUCGCGGCAAUCGAAUCAUCAGAGACCCACGGAGAUUCUAGUAGAUCUGUUCGAAUUGAAGAUGUCCAAGUCUUCAUCUUGUCGGAUUCGGAAACAUUUUCAGACUCGUCUGGCCUCAAUUCCCCAAGACUUGCACGUUCUCGGCUUCGACUAUCCCAUCCAGACGCACGAAGUGACACGAGCAGGCCUAGCCUGUCGAGCAAUAACGAUUUGGAGCAUGGUUCCCAAGGUUCCAGACCUGUGUCUCCCUCAUUGAGCAAUUCGGGACUCGGAAUUGGCCUGAUGGCGGAUGUAUUGGAAGAUUCUGCAAUAUUCUCGACCGGCUUCGCACAUGAGUCGCCACCACAUAGUCCCCCUUUCGACCGUCAUUCAGUCGACAAUAGGAUACACGCGGAGCAAGUUCUCGACUCCCACCAUGAAUACCAUUCUUCAGGAAUGGUAUCCAGCCAAUCUUUGAGCUCAGAGAAUUUAGCUGAAUCCAAAAUGUUCACCCAUGACGAGGCAGAAAGCAUGUAUCUCAGUGCCGUCAGUGGUCAGAACAUGCCAGGAGGCUGGGCAUCAUCCAUUCCAUCUCAGGAUCCCAAUGACAAUGAAUCUGGCAAUCUCCAAGCCACCUCACAAACACCACAACGAAGUGACGAUAAUUCAUCGGAGCAAGGCUCAGAUCAGGGCUCGACGGAUUCUGAUCAUAAUUGGACUGCCAAAGAUGAGGGAAUCUCUAGUGGAGAAAGUGUCCUCGAUAACAACUUGGCCUCGUUUUUCCGUUCUCGACUGGUCCAUGUGGCCUUCAUUGUUUUAAAACUUCCCGAACCCGACACUGCAGAGGUGCAGGAUCAAGUUCCAGGCCAUUCUCCGAAGAUGGUCUCAGCCUCACGGGAAUCACAGAGCGGCCGGUUCAGUGAUUACGAGGCAAGAUCAGUCGGUCUGCAAGACAAAGUUCCCAGAAAUCGCGCUGGCACACCGAGUCUCGAGUUUGGACAGAUAUCCAUCGAUCUUGAUAUCAUGAUAUGCAAAGUCUUGGUCAAGGCUACUCAAACUUUGGCAGAGGCCGUCCCACCAACAAGUCAGAAAACUGCAUCUUCACCAUCUGCCUCCCAGCCGCUUCCCAAUGUCUCAAUUCAGAAACUUAACCUACAUUUCUGCGAGUGUGUACCACGCCUGGCCCCUACAAAGCUACCCUUCCAGUCGCUAGAAUCAAGUCUUCCACCAGACCAAGCUCUGCUGAAACUGUCCCUAUCGCCAAUCACCUUGACUACCAUAAAAGACUCAACAGGAUCUUCACGGCUCAAUGUAUCCAAGAUAAUCAUGACACAUGGAUCAAGAGUCGUGUUAUCGUUCGUUGACUCUAUCAAUGUCCGAGACUCGAUUGCUACAAGCUCAAUGCUGAGACCACAUGAUUUUGUUGCGAGUAUAUCGAACAAUCGGUAUGACUUGCAGAUAAAGCCAGUACACAUUGUUCUUGAUCUCCUAGUCAUCGAUGAUGUGCUUAGCCGUAGUGGUGGCUUAAGUUCCCUCCUCGACCUAGGAAAUUCUAUCAUGUCUACGAACACAGUGAAGAGCCCACCUAAUAAUGCUCCUCCAUCAGAAACGACAAGGCAACGGACUGUCAGAUUUGAUGACCCAAGAAAACGUCCACGUACUGAAAGUAAUCCUGCAUCGUCGCUUCCAAAGGUUGAUAUUCGCAUUUCUGGCUCGGUUCUGGAUUUGAUAGGAUCAGAAUCUUCCGUCCAAAUUCGAACAUCGGCGCUCAAAGCGGUCUACCGUGAGAACAAUGUGAGGCUUGCAAUUGAUGGCGCUGCUAUCGAGGGUCCCUUGCUGACCGGAUCUCGAUCUCGAGGAGAGAUAUGGCUGAAGAUUCGAAAUAUUCAGGUGCAUUAUUCAGACACUCCAGAUGACAAUGACUUGGAUCGACUUUUGUCGCUGAUCACGCCGUCUCGAGAUAAAUAUGAUCAAGAAGACGAUAUCAUGGUUGACACCCUCGUAAGACAACGUCGCAAAGGUGGUGUUUUGCGUUUGACUAUUGGGGACUUACAAGCUGGAGCAACUGGUUUCCAUUGGGUCCCACAUUUGACCAAGGUCGUCGAUGAAAUCUCAAAAUUGUCCUCGGUCACCAAAUACCUCCCAGAAGAUGAUCGCCCCGGUGUGUUGAUCUUCGGAAUGGUAAACAAACUCGACGUUCGAUUCGACGUGGACCAACAAUUUGGCCCUCUCAGACUGAAAGCAGAGUUGAUUGAAAGUGCCAACAUCAGCGUGCCAUCUCUUGCGGCUGCGCAAAUAGCCUGGUGGUCUUUGGCAAGAGGCGAUAAAGACAUAUUGAUAGGUGAGGUUACCGCCCAAGGUGAUACGGCCAUGGCCCCACCGAUGAUCAUGUGUCGAUUUAUUGCAGAUGAGAUGGAGCCGACCGUUCGGAUGAAAAUGUCCAACACCUGCUUCGAGUAUAAAGUAUCUACUCUUAUAGCUGUAACUUCUCUACUGGAACGACUCAAGGCACAAGAGGCAUCACCAAGACAACCUCAUCUCCCACAAUCACCCAGUCCCUCUUCUUCUAGCAGUGUUGACAUAACUGGGGUGUCUCGAAAAAUCCGAUUCUCUCUCACCUUCCGAGAUUCAGCCAUUGCACUCAAUCCUGCCCAGGGUUCCGCUAAGGGUCUUUUGGUCCUGACAGACACUAUCAUUCGACACGAAAACGAGAAACACGGAUCUCUUGAGAACCUCGAGAUCAAGAAGGCUUCGUUUCUGAUCAUCAACGAUAGUGCAUCUGUGGGUCGAGAUAUGGGAAAUGUUGAUCACAAGCUCUACUUUGAGGAGAACGACCAGAUCCAGAGUCUCACUAGAGCAGGAUUUGUACCUGUUGGCUCCAUCUCUUCUGCGUCAGCAAUCGUCAAUGUUAUUGAAGAUAAAGUCCACCAGGAGACAAGACUUGAAGUCGAAUUUCGGAACAACCUCCUUUUCCUGGAAACUUGUGCCGACUCAACUCAAACAUUAAUCCAGAUUUUAAGCGGUUUAGCCCCACCAGCUCCCCCUUCGAAGGUGGCCAGCUACAGAACAGAAAUCAUUCCGAUCCAGGACAUGCUUUCAUCAUUUACUGGAAAUGCAUUUGUCUCCGAACCCGGGCCUGCACUGGGCCUUCAAGCAUCUCAACAAACGCUGAGAGCAAGGCAUUAUGGCGGAGAAGACGAAUAUGAGCAUGAGUUCGACGAGGAAGAAGGUGAAGAAGAAGAUGAUGACGAUGGAGACUUUAUGGGCAACAUGUACCGUGAAGAUGACGACUACGCCGACGAUGAAAUGACUGCUAGCCAUGUCGAAUCGCAUCUCGGCCAGUCGAACAUGUCGGAGUCUAUCCACAUUGCACCUGUGGAUAUCAUGGCCACCAGUACAAACGAUCUGAGCCAGAGUGUGAUGGCUCACAGCUUAUUAGAUUUCAGACAAGAUCACUUUGCCCCGAAGUCUUCUGUGGGUGGCACGGCACAUCGGUGGAACUCGAGCCAAAACACGUACGGACUUGCAAGCGACGCAAUCUUUGAUAGAUCGCCACUCAAAGUUCGUGUCAGAGAUGUUCAUGUCAUCUGGAACCUCUUUGAUGGCUAUGAUUGGCAAACCACGAGAGAUACCAUCUCGCAAGCAGUGAAAGACAUCGAGACACGAGCCAUGGCCAGACGUCCGAAAAGCAGCAGUCGACUGUCGCCUGGCGCGGAUGAAGAGGACGAGUCGGUCAUUGGCGAUUUCCUUUUCAACUCGAUCUACAUUGGAAUCCCCGCCAAUCGAGAUCCCAGGGAUUUGACGAAUGCUAUCAAUCAUGACAUUGAUGAUCUCAUCAGCGAAACUGGUAGCUAUGCAACAGGGACAACGGUCACUGCUACCACGCACCGACGCCCGUCGAGCAUAGCCCCACGGCCGAAGAGAUUGAAACUUAAUCGGAGCAAGCAUCACAAGAUGACCUUUGAGCUUGCAGGGAUUUCGUCGGAUUUGGUCGUGUUUCCUUCUGGGAGUGGCGAAGUUGAAAGCUCUAUCGACAUUCGUAUCAAGAUGCUGGAAGUGUUUGAUCAUGUUCCCACGUCGACUUGGAAGAAAUUUGCAACGUACAUGCAAGAUGCUGGCGAGCGAGAGGUGGACACUAACAUGGUCCAUAUCGAGGUUCUCAACGUCAAACCCGUACCAGAUCUGGCGGCGUCGGAAAUUGUGCUCAAAGUCACUGUUUUGCCUUUGAGGUUACAUGUGGACCAAGAUGCCCUAGAUUUCCUCACACGGUUCUUCGAGUUUAAGGAUGAAAGUGCGCCACAAUCCAGCAGCCCAUCGAAUCCACCGUUCAUCCAACGAGUCGAAGUCAAUCCAAUUCAGCUUCGAUUAGACUUCAAACCGAAGAGAGUGGAUUAUGGUGGCCUGCGGUCGGGGCGUACUACGGAGUUUAUGAACUUUUUCGUUCUUGACCGAGCUGACAUGGUCUUGCGUCGUGUCAUUCUCUACGGCGUAUCCGGGUUUGACCGUAUGGGUAUCAUGCUCAACAACAUUUGGUCGCCAGAUGUGAAGAAAAACCAGCUACCAGGAGUUCUGGCCGGACUUGCGCCGAUCAGACCGCUGGUGGAUGUUACAAGUGGUGUUCGAGAUCUGAUAGCAGUUCCCAUUCGAGAAUAUCGCAAGGAUGGCAGAGUUGUGCGCAGCAUUCAAAAAGGGGCAUUGGCAUUUGCCAAAACCACAGCUACCGAACUGGUGAAUUUGGGUGCCAAGUUGGCAAUUGGGACCCAACAAGUGCUUCAAAAUACCGAGGAUCUACUUGUGACACGAGAAGCCCAAGACAGCAUUGCUGGUGAUGAUGAGAGUAAGAAGCAGAUUUCUCUGUACGCCGACCAACCACUAGGAAUUGUACAAGGUCUGAGGGGAGCGUAUGCCAGCCUUGAGCGCGAUCUAUUACUUGCAAGAGAUGCAAUCGUGGCAGUUCCUGGAGAGGUGAUGGCUAGUGGAAGUGCCACAGGGGCAGCAAAGGCUGUUCUCAAGCAAAGCCCGACGAUUAUUCUGCGACCUGCCAUUGGAGCCACGAAGGCAGUUGGGCAGACACUGCUUGGUGCGGGUAAUACAUUGGACAAGAGGAACUUGCGGCGGAUGGACGAGAAAUACAAACGUCAUUGA